AUGUGGCGCAAGAGCUCAGUGUCUUUGGAGACCAUCUUCUGUCUGUUGGGCAAAGGGCAUCUUCCUUUCAGCGAAAAAAAAUUCAGAAGAAUAUCUGCACCUUCCUGAGCAGUGACAGAAGAGCUGAGGCCACCUUGCAUUCCAGUCCUCCAGAGAACAUGGGAAAGGCCUCCUGUGGGACAGCUGCCGGCUUGAUGCUCUGGGCUCAGUUCUUCCUCCUCUUGGCAAUGGAGCAAACAGAAGCUGCCAGCCGGGUGCAGUGUCUCAACAAUUACGGUUUUCAGGGACGCAAAGUGGACUGCCGAUGGCACCGCAAUCAGGCCUUGGAGGGAACUCUGUCCUACCUCAAUUUCUCUGACACCCUCGGACUCUCUGGCGACCUCAUCUGCCCUCUGUCUGCCUCCCCUGGCACCCCGGGUCCUUUCAACUGCUCCGUGUACAGCGAGGAAGGCGAGUUCACAGAAAACGAUGAGUACACGGUGGUUCUGCACACCAGCUCCUUGGGAGAGAACCACACCGAGGUGGUCUUUGUGAAGUACAAGCCCAGACUACACAUUCAGUGUGAUCCACCCUUCGACCUGCAGAGCAAGUGCAGUGACACUGCGUGCCGUCUCUGCUGGAGGAGGCCAAAGGCCUAUGAGGAGAUCUUGGAGGUCUGGCAGUGGGAGCUGGCAUUCAAGGCUGUUCAAGAACCCUGGGAGGAAGCACAGAGAAGAGUCUUCAUCAACUCGGAAACCUGGGUGCACAUAGAAGGCUUUGAGUUCAAGAGCAACAGAGAUUAUAUUGCAAGAAUGCGCUGCAAAACACCGGAGGAGAAUCAUCACUACAGGAGCCACUGGAGUCCAUGGAGUCCAUGUGUCACUUGGACAGCUCAGCCAGGUGACUGGCAGCAGCUUGAUGCGCCCACCUACUUCCUGCUCUGCCUUGGCACCCUCCUGCUCCUGCUGGCGCUGGCCUUCGCCCUCUUCAAGAGGGCGCGGAGCAGCUGCGAGGCCAGCAUCCCCACGCCGGCCGCCUUCUUCCAGCCUCUCUACCUCGCUCACCGCGGGGACUUCAAGGGCUGGGCCGGGCUGGCCCCGGAGGAAGAGCCGGAGGCGGAGGCGGUUUCUCGGCUCUCCUUCCUGCAGCCGCCCACCUGCGCCGGAUCGGGGCCAGCCAAGCGCCGCGCCUCCCCGCCGGGCGAAGAGCUCCGCGCAGCGCCGCUGGAGCCCGAGCGCCCGCCCGGCGACUACUGCACCCUCGGCGGGGCGGGCGAAGGGGCGGCCCCCCUGCCCUCCGACUGGCCGCCGCCGCCGCCGCCUCCCGGCACCCGCUUGAGGCCUCCGCCCGGCUGGCUUCCCGUCCGCGGCCAAGGCCGAACCCAGGAGCCGCCCGGCGCCCCCGCCGCUUUGGGAGGGCCGCUCCGGGACGGCGGCUCGGGCGGGGAGGCGCGGCCGAUGCGUCCUCUCUCCGUCUGA